AUGUCGUUUUCAACAAAAUAUGACAUUGUCAUCAUCGGGGCAGGAAUCGCCGGAAUCAACGCUGCGUACCGCAUCCAAUCACUCCUUCCUAAUCACACAUAUGUUAUUCUCGAAGCCCGCGAGACAGCUGGCGGCACAUGGGAUCUGUUCCGGUACCCUGGUGUCCGGCUCGACUCCGAUAUCCACACGUUUGGGUUUUCCUGGCACCCAUGUCACAACGAUAAACCUAUGAUGGACGGAGAAUCUCUAUUCAAUUACCUCAAUGAAACAACAAAGAAAUACGGAAUAGACAAGCAUAUCCUCUUCAACCAUCGAGUUAGACACGCGGCAUGGUCCUCAGAAGAUAAUAUGUGGGGUUUAAAAGCCACGCUUCAGGAUAAAGAGAUUUAUCUCAGCGCAACGUACGUAAUGUUCGCCACGGGAUACUUCGACCAUAAUCAGCCAUUGCCCGCGCAGAUCCCCGGCUUGAACGGCUUUCGCGGGAUGCUCAUUCACCCACAGUUCUGGCCAGAGGGCCUCGAUUGUUCGGGUAAAAGAAUCGCGGUCAUCGGCAGUGGGGCGACGGCGAUCUCGCUUGUCCCCAAACUAGCCGAGACGGCGUCUAGCGUGACCAUGGUACAGCGCAGCCCGAAUUACAUCCUACCAAUACCUUCACCUGGAGACAACGGAUGGGCACGAUUCUUCCCAGCCGCGUUCUCUCAUAAAGUUAAACGCCUCAGUUGGUUGGCGAUUUCACUAUUUGGAUAUUAUGCAUUCCGCAAAUGCCCCACUGCUGCUAAGGAGUAUCUCCUCGGCCUAGCCCGAAGACGACUCCCAAAACACAUACCAAUAGAUCCUCAUUUUACACCCAGGUAUAACGUCUGGGAUCAACGGCUCUUAGCCUGUCCCGAUGGGGACUUCUUCGAGAGCCUCCAUCGCGGGAACGUCGGCAUCGAAACGGCGAAUAUCCGAAAGUGUACUCCCAACAGCAUUGUUCUCGAGAAUGGGAAAUCAAUCGAAGUGGAUCUUGUCAUCACUGCCACGGGCCUUAAGCUGCAGUUCGGCGGUGGGGCCACUUUUGCAAUUGACGGGCAGGAUUGUGAUCUCUCCAAAAGAUUCCUCUGGAAUGGUAUGAUGCUCCAAGGCGUUCCCAAUGCAUUCUUCGCUCUCGGAUAUCUCACCAGUGCCUCGUGGACAAUGGGGGUAGAUGUCACGGCCUUGUCUGCCUGCCGACUCAUCAACCACAUGGCUAAGAGAAACAUCCUCGCAGCUAUGCCUCCUGCCAAGGGUCCGUCAGAUCCAACUCUUAGACCUGUCUGGAGUUUAAAUUCCACGUAUAUGGUGGCAGGUGGAGACUGUUUACCGAAAGCGGGGAUCGUCAGCCCAUGGCAUCCGCGCACGAACUAUAUCCUCGACUAUCUUCAAGCACGCUAUGGGUCUUUUAGCGAUGGUUUAGAGUUCACUAGAGCUGGUUAA